AUUCUGAUUGGAUACUAGCUCCUCUGGUCAUGUCUCUCCAUGCUGAAACCUGUUCGGAAGGUAUCGCGUUGAGCUGUGGGAGUCGUAGUCCAUAAAGAGUUUCUGUGUCUGCCAACUGUGAAGAUGCCUUACGAAUUAGACUACAUAUACAUACAGCAUUACGGUCUAGGGCGUGACUCAACGAUCAGCUGAAAUUUGAGCCCCCCUAUCUCACUCUAAAAUGCGGGCCUCUCAAAUACUUACAGCCGAAUGAUGACGGAAGGAACGUGUCUACGGAGACGAGGAGGUCCCUAUAAGACAGACCCCGCCACAGAUCUCACCCGUUGGCGACUGAGUAAUGUAGAGGGCAGGCAAUGCUGGAAGUUCCUGGAGGAUGAAGAGUCCGCGGAGAGGGACCUGAGCGUGCUGGAGGCGUACUCACUCGGACUAGACACGGGCAAGUUCAUCCCUGACUUCCCUGCUGCCCAAUCUGCUGUGGAGGCAGCUGUGAAAGGUAUGGAGUUCUACAGCCACCUGCAGGCUGAGGAUGGCCAUUGGGCUGGGGACUACGGUGGACCUCUCUUCCUUCUGCCUGGCCUGCUGAUCACAUGUCACGUGGCCUCCAUCCCCCUCCCCGAUGCCUGGAAGAAAGAGAUGGUGCGCUACCUGCGCUCAGUGCAGCUUCCUGAUGGAGGAUGGGGCCUACAUAUUGAAGACAAGGCAACUGUGUUUGGGACAGCCCUAAGCUACACUUCUCUGAGGAUUCUGGGGGUUGAUCCUGAUGACCCAGAUAUGGUUCGGGCAAGAAGCAACCUGCACAGUAAAGGUGGUGCAGUGGGAAUCCCUUCAUGGGGUAAAUUCUGGCUGGCCAUUUUGAAUGUAUACAGUUGGGAAGGCAUGAACACUCUUCUGCCAGAGAUGUGGCUGUUCCCUACAUGGAUGCCAGCACACCCCUCCACCUUAUGGUGUCACUGCCGACAAGUGUACCUGCCCAUGAGUUACUGCUACGCUGUCAGACUUUCUGCUAAAGAGGAUCCCUUAGUUCUCAGCCUCAGACAGGAGCUGUACGUUCAGGACUACUCCACCAUUGACUGGCCGGCACAGAGGAGCAAUGUUGCAGCCUGUGACAUGUACACUCCUCACAGUACCCUACUCACAAUGGCAUACUUGGUAAUGAACGUGUAUGAGGCCCACCACAGCACCUUUCUGAGAAAGAAGGCAGUGGAGGAGCUCUACGACCACAUUCAGGCCGACGAUCGCUUCACAAAGUGUAUCAGUAUUGGCCCUAUCUCCAAAACCAUCAACAUGUUGGUACGGUGGUAUGUGGAAGGGCCAACCUCCCCUGUCUUCCAGGAGCACGUGUCCAGGAUUGCAGACUAUCUUUGGAUUGGUCUUGAUGGAAUGAAGAUGCAGGGGACCAACGGCUCUCAGUUGUGGGACACUGCCUUUGCUGUUCAAGCAUAUCUGGAGGCCGGGGCGCAGGACAACCCCAAGUGCACUGGAACUCUCAGCCGUGCCCAUGAGUUCCUCGACCUCACUCAGAUAAAAGAGAACCCUCCCGAGUAUGAGAAGUACUACCGUCAAAUGAACAAGGGUGGUUUCCCCUUCAGCACCAGAGACUGCGGCUGGAUAGUGGCCGAUUGCACUGCUGAGGGCCUGAAGUCUGUGAUGCUGCUGCAGGAGCAGUGUCCCUUCAUCACCAGCACAGUCCCAAAGGAGAGACUCUUUGAGGCUGUCAAUGUGCUUCUCAGCAUGAAGAACUCUGAUGGGGGGUUUGCCACCUAUGAAACCAAACGUGGAGGGAGGUUACUGGAGCUCCUGAAUCCCUCUGAGGUGUUUGGUGACAUUAUGAUUGACUACACAUAUGUUGAGUGUACCUCAGCUGUGAUGCAGGCUCUCAAACACUUCCAGCUUGCCUACCCCGAGCACAGAGUAGAGGAGAUCAGGUCUACUCUGGAGGAAGGACUGGAGUAUUGCAGGAGAGUGCAGAGACCUGAUGGAUCAUGGGAAGGGUCCUGGGCUGUGUGUUUCACUUAUGGCGUCUGGUUUGGCCUGGAGGCGUUUGCAUGCAUGGGUCAUACCCUCCAGGAGAAGCCGGCGCGUGCGGAGGUGCUGGGUGCCUGCGACUUCCUGCUGGCCAAUCAGAUGGAGGACGGGGGCUGGGGGGAGGACUUUGAGUCAUGCGAGCAACGGCGCUACAUGCAGAGCAAGAACUCCCAGAUCCACAACACCUGCUGGGCCCUGCUGGGCCUGAUGGCUGCCAGCUGCCCUGAUGUCCGAGCCAUUGAGAGAGGAAUUAAGGUUCUCGUGGACAAGCAGCUGCCUAAUGGAGACUGGCCACAGGAGAACAUUUCCGGGGUAUUUAACAAGAGCUGUGCCAUAAGCUACACGUCCUACAGGAACGUGUUCCCAGUGUGGACCCUGGGACGCUUCUCACGCCUCUACCCCUCCAGCCCCCUCGCUGGGAAAGUCAAGCUGUGAGGAGCACACCAGGAGGAUACAGGGGGACCUGGUGAUGUCACCUCCUGCUCCUCUUCAAAACAAACCUUUUGCUGCUACUGAAGGAAUAGUGUAUCAUAACUGUAUCAAAACUAUUGAAGAUGUCUUAGAUGAAAACUAAUUUCUUACUCUGCAAACCCAGGCCUUCCACACCUGGACAUAUUUUGUGUUUAAAAUGUUUAAAGGGUGAUUAAAUAAAUUAAUUAAUAAAUUAAUUAAAUAAAUAAAAAAAUAAUUUUGUACAUUGAAAAUGGUGUGACUUUGGUGUUUAUUUGUCCUUGAGCCCUCUCCACCCUCUGUCACACCCCUAAUCAUAAAAAGCUCCCUUCUUUGCUAAACGCUAGACACACAACUGAUAACUAAGAAAUAAAUAGAUUUAUAGUCAUGCAUAUAUCAGUGCGAUUUGUGAUUUUUUUUUUUGGCAGAUCCAAUUUCAUGUGUGCUAU